AUGGGCACAAUUUACCGCCCGGGCGCAUACCGUCCGGGCAGCGGGCGGCCGACGCCGUCGCCGACGCCGGACGCGCAGCUGCCUGCCCCGGAGCCCGAGGAUGCGUCCCCCAGGAGCGCCACGACUCUGGAGUCCCCGACGGCAUACCUCGAUGAGUCAUACCUUUGUCAUAAUCAUGCAUCUUAUGGAUGCGCUGGCCACGGGAGCGAGUCGUGUGGUGGAGGCGGCGGCGGCGGCCGCGGUGGCGCGGCCCAGCACGAGCAGCAGCUCAGCGCGCGGGAGGCGCAGCGAUACACCGAACGCUACACGCCGCCGCCGCCGGCGCUGCUGCAGCCGCAGCUGCGGCAACUGCGGCAGCUGCGGGAGCAUCAGCAUCAGCAGCAUCAGCAUCAGCAGCAGUGCAGUGGCGGCGGUGAUCCGUUGCACGACUUGCGGCCGCAGGCGCAGCAUCCCGGCGGCGCAGGCGUGGGCGCGGUGCACACAAGCGCGGGUCAACGCGACUGGCAUAAUUGCGAACACACACAGCAGCAGCAGCAGCAGCAGCAGCAGCAGCAGCAGCAGCAGCAGCAGCAGCAGCAGCAGCAGGGGGAGGAGGAGCGGGCCCACCAAAGCCAGGGCCAGGGGCCUGCGGAGCAAGGGGUCCAGCGUCCGCCAAGGCCAGCGUAUCACGUGGAGGAGGGGCAGCUGCACAAGCAUGGGGAGGAGCAGACUUGCCAUAAAAAACACCCAGGCAAGCAGCAGCAGGGGCAGCAGCAGCAGCAGCGCUCAGGCAAGGGCGCCAAGCCGCGGUGGAGUGGCAUGGACGUAGUCAUCAAGGAGCUGUCGUACCGCGUCAACGCGGGCAGGGGUGAGAAGAAGCAGCUGCUCGCUGAUGUCACCGGCUUCUUCGAGCCCGGGAGGCUCGCGGUGCUGAUGGUGGAGCAGUUUGACACGCUGCUGCCCAUGCUGACUGUUGAAGAGAUGCUGCUGUACACGGCGGAGCUCAAAAGGCCCCUGGCAGAGAGCAGGACCACCAAGCGCGCGGCUGUCGAGGAGCUGCUGGAGACGCUGGCUCUGGCGGAGUGCAGGAAGGUCAAGAUCGGCAACCCCCUCUCCAAGGGCAUCAGCGGCGGCCAGGCCAAGCGCACCAACAUCGGCAUCGCGCUCAUCACCAACCCCAGGGUGCUGAUGCUGGACGAGCCCACCAGCGGCCUCGACAGCUUCACAGCAAACGAGGUCAUCACCGUGCUCAAGGCGCUGUCUGACGGCGGCGUCACCGUCAUCGCCACGGUACACUCGCCCACUUCCUACGCAUUCAGCCUCUUCGACACGUGA